AUGAUGGACGAUAAGCCACAACUAAAGGAAGUGCCGAAUACCAUUUAUGAUUCUCUGCAGAGACAGUUUUUCUAUAGGGGGAAAUUCCUGGGCAAAGGAGGAUUUGCACGGUGUUAUGAACUCGUAAACUCUGACACAAAAGAAGUUUAUGCUGGGAAAGUUGUUUCUAAGUUAUUACUCCAGAAAAAUCAUCAGAAGGAAAAGAUGACGCAAGAGAUUGAGAUCCAUCGUGCUCUCUCUCACCCCCACAUUGUGCGCAUGGAUGGAUUUUUUGAAGAUUCCGAUAACGUGUAUAUUUUACUGGAACUGUGUCCUAGGAGGUCGUUAAUGGAGCUAUACAGAAGGCGUAAGGCAGUCACGGAGCCGGAAGCACGGUAUUUCACAAGCCAGGUCGUAUCAGCGUGCGAUUAUUUGCAUAGUCACUGUAUUAUUCAUAGAGAUCUCAAACUCGGCAACUUAUUUUUAGAUGAUGAGAUGCAGGUGAAAGUGGGAGAUUUUGGCCUUGCAACUAUUGUAGACUAUGUCGGGGAAAGAAAGAAGACGUUGUGUGGGACUCCGAAUUAUAUUGCCCCUGAAAUGCUGGACAAGAAAGGGCAUUCCUAUGAAGUAGAUAUUUGGUCGCUGGGAUGUAUCCUUUACACCCUCUUGGUUGGAAAACCGCCUUUUGAAACAAUGUCUCUGAAGGAAACUUAUCAAAAGAUAAAAAACAACGAUUAUGUUAUUCCUAAACGAAUUAGCCCAGAUGCGACUCACUUGAUCAGUUGUCUUCUUGCCGCUGUUCCUUCAAAAAGGCCCAAUAUUCAGGAGGUCUCAAAAUUCGAUUUUUUUUUGAAAGGAUAUAUGCCUACCCGGUUACCAACUUCGUGUCUGACUAUGGCUCCAAAUUUCACUCUAGCACAGCCGUCACAGGGUCAAAAUGAAGAACGACGAGUUCUUGCAGAAAUAAAGCCGCAUCAUCAACUAAGUUCUGAACAAAACCUUCAGGCAUGUGACGCGGAUCUGAAUAGUGUUCCUUCCGAUUGUUACUUAUCGGAUCUUUUCCGACAGUUGGAUGAGCUUAUCAUUAAAAAUCCCGCGGAAAAGCUUUUAAUACAAGAAGAUGAAGCAGAGGAUCCGGCGUGCACUCCCGUUUUUUGGAUCUCUAAGUGGGUGGAUUACUCAGAUAAGUAUGGACUCGGUUAUCAGCUUUGUGACAACUCGAUCGGUGUAAUUUAUAACGAUAAUACUAAGCUGGUUCUAAAUGCUGCUGGAGAACAGGUUCAGUACACAGAAAAAGACAACUCGGAGAAGUAUUUCUUUUUAUGGUCAUAUCCGGAAGAGCUUCAUAAAAAAAUAACCCUGCUAAAAUAUUUCCGUAACUAUAUGCAAGAACAUCUACAAAAAACGGGUCCAAAUAUGGCUGCUAAAGAAGGCGAUGAGCUCGCUCGUUUGCCUUGGUUGAGAACCUGGUUUCGCACUCGCUCUGCCAUCGUGUUGCAUAUGAGCAAUGGCAUCUUGCAAAUCAACUUUUUCCAGGACCAUACGAAGCUAAUAGUUUGCCCGUUAAUGGGGGCUGUAACAUACAUCGAUCAGCAACGGAGAUUCCGAACUUUCAAGUUUGAAUUGAUAGCAAGGUUCGGGUGCUCGAAGGACGUAUUCUGUCGAUUGAAAUACGCAAAGUCAAUGGUGGAACAUCUUCUUUCAAGUUCUAAGUCUCUGAUUGCUGUUGAGUACAAACAUUCAAGCAGCUACAUUUCCAUUCUGUCUUCAAAAUAA